AGAAGUUCAGUCAUGGCGGCAUCUAUUGAGAGUUUGUUGGCAGGACUCUCUGGUAUUGAUGAUCCAAUUGAAGAGCUUCAGAGUUUGAAAACAGCUUUAUUGGCGAUACCCGUCAACGCUUUGAGAGACUCAGUGAGCGGACAGCGCUUCAAUGUGAUUUUCACCCUGCUGAACUCAAAUGACAGGGAGCAGGUUGAGCUGUGUGUGGACAUCCUUGAACACAUCUUAAUGGCCCUCAGCCCUGUAUCCCUGGCUCAGAACUACAGAGUGGAGCUGCAGGGGGGUCUGACUCAUCCUAAUGAAGCGGUUAAGAUCCUGGCUUUGACACAGAUUGGCAGAAUGGUGGAGCACCCCGACGCUACCACUGAAAUCCUCAACAACCACGACAUUCUUGAGGCGGUGAUCCGCUGCAUCGGAGAAGAGAAGUUGGCCGUGGCAAAGCAGGCCAUCCAGUCCUUGUCUAAACUGAGUCACUCCAAGCCUGGGUUAGACAAAUUGUUCCACACUGACCUGCUGACUGUUAUGAAGGAUGUGAUGGCCAAAAGUGACACUAUCAGAUACAGAAUAUAUGAGCUGGUGGUGGAAAUCUCGUCUGUGUCUCCCAUUUCCCUCGGUUACUGUGCCAACAGCAGCUUAAUUUCUCAGCUGCUCGGAGAACUGACAGGAGAUGAUAUACUGAUCAGAGCCACAGCCAUUGAGAUGGUGACCACUCUAGCCCACAGUCAGCAUGGCCGGCAGUAUUUGGCCCAGCAGGGUAUAAUGGACAAGAUCUCCAACAUGAUCAGGGGAGCGGAGACUGACCCUCUCUCCUCCCUCUACAUUCCCGGUUUGGUGAAGUUCUUUGGAAACCUGGCCAUUAUGGACAGCCCACAGCAGGUUUGUGAAACCUAUCCGAUCUUCCAGAACAAGGUGUUUGAGAUGGCUUUGGACCCUGACCCUGCGAUGAUCGGCGUGGCUCUGGACACCCUGGGGUUAGUCGGAUAGACUGUGGAGGGAAAGCAGGUCUUUGAGAAAACAGGAGAAAAGUUCAAGGCUGUGUUGACAAGAAUGAGCCAGCUUGCCAGCUCUGGAGCUACAGAGCUCAGAGUGCGCAGUUUGGACGCCAUAUCCCAGCUUCUCACUCUACAGCCAGAGCAGCAGACAGAAGACCUCUUGGCCCUGACAGAGUCCUGGUUCCACCUUUUGUCUAAGCAGCCCAUGGACAUGAUCAGCAACAUCAGCACUCAGCCGUUCCCAGAGCUGCACUGUGGGGCUCUGCGGAUAUUCUCUGCCAUUGCCUCUCAGCCGUGGGGUCAGAAGUUAAUGAUCAACACACCCAGUUUCAUGGAGUUCAUUCUGGAUCGUUCAACGGGUCAGACGAAGGAGGACAAAGAUGCAAAGUUUGAACUGGUGGGGACACUUGUGUGUUCAUCCACAGCAGCAGAGAUACUGGGCAGCCAGCAUUACAUCCGUCUGAAGACGUAUCUCAGAGAGGGACCUUACUAUGUGUCAGCUGUGUCCAUAGUCAGCACAGAGGGAGCUGAGUGAAUCAAAUAAACUCCGAUACACUUGAUGAGUUUCUGGUUAAUGCUUAAGUAAUGGGUAAGUGCCUGAAUAAUCUAACUGUGGGUUAACAUACUCUGCUGUAAUAAACUCAUUCUCUGAUGAACACACAAACGGAUUUAACAAAUCGGUACAUGGUGCUCAGUUGAUUUAAACUUCCUGAAUCUUUCAACAUAAAUUGGCUGGUAAAGGAUGGUUUAAGUAUUUUGCUUCUGUCCGACUCCCUUUUGAGUAGCUUUAUAAACAUAUGGCUUAUUCAUUUGGGCAGACUUUGUUUUUGGUCAUAUUAAGUCACUACAGCUAUAAAUAUACAUACAGUAGGGUGGCAAGUAAAGUAUCGAAAUAUAAGAGUAAAGACACAAAAUCCAUGUACCUUAAAGGGGCACUCCAUUGGUUUAUACAUCAAGUUCAGUUUAUUUAUUUAUUUAUUUAUUAGAGAUAAGGAUUACUACUCAGCCUGUGAAAAAUUUUCUAAUGUCAUCUGGGCUAUCUCAGUUUCAGCCAAAAGGCGAUCUCUGGGGCUAAAAAAAUGAAGCCAUCAGGAAAGUGCCAAAAACUGCAGUUCCUCUUGAGGCUGGCUCCAAAAGGGAGUCAAUCUUGAUAGACCCCUAUUAUAACAUGCCCAACUCAACAGCAAAAAUAAACAUCUUUACAGCUUGGUACAAUAAACAGCUUUGAUCUCUAUAGCUGAUUUCCCCCUCCAUGACAACUGCACAGGGGGUGAAUUCUUAAAUAACGCAUCCAUUUACUUAAUGUUAAAAGAUUCAGGAAGUUUUAAUCACCCCUCGCUCCUCCAAAUAUGGUCAUUUCUGGCUCCAAAAAAUGAUCUGAAAGCCUGUGUUACAAACUGGUUGUUUGGAGUUUGACAGACUUGGUUCUAAUGGAAGAUGCUGUUGAGUUGCAUUAUGGGAAAUGAAGGAUCCAGUGUGUUUGAAGUUUAGUCCAUGUUAAGGACUAGAAAUCAGCUGCUUUGAUUUUCUCAUGUGUUUUUUUUUUUUUGCACUAAAGCAUCAUAAUGCUAUAACUGCACAUGCAGAGCCACCAUUAUAAGAUAAUAGAUCACAUUAUCUCCACAUCAUAUGACAAGAAGUCAGGACGAUCCCCAUGAUAUGUUAACACAUGUUUAGCCACUGAGUCUUUGCCGGCUACUUAAGCAAUAAUUAGAGAGGCUUAAAAGAUUUAAAAAUAUGCAGUCAAAUGUUGACUUAUGCACUAAAAUACACAUCAUUUGCAAAAUCUUUCAAAUCUCAUUAAUCACAAACCCAAAUCUCUCAGACAUUGAUUAAAGUUUUCCAUUUCAAAAAUGUUUAUGUUUGCUAAAUGGGCUUUGUUUUUUGUAAUAAAGAAGAUUCAUUCUGA